AUGGCUGACCAACUCGACAUGGGUCGUCUCAACAUAAAUGAGUCCCAGCACAACAACCAGAACGGCUUCAACGGCGAGCGUUCUGCCUACAUCCCUCCCCACCUUCGCGGUCGUCCCCAGGGCGGCCCUGCACCUAUGGACGGCCCGCCCCCGAUGAUGAACGGCGGCGGCGGUCUCGGUGGCAGCGCUUGGGGACCAGGAGGUCAGGGUCCUCCCCCUCAGAUGAACGGCGGCGGCGGUGGUGCCGGUGGCUGGGCCAACGCACCCAACUUCACUCCCCGCGGUCGCGACGGUCCCCCAGGUGGUGGAUGGGGCGGUGCCCCUCGCGGCAACUUUGACCCCAACGCUUACGGCAAGCCUGGUGGUGGCGGCUCUGGAGGUGCUCGCGGAUCUGGUGACGGUGCCUGGAAGGACGGCAAGCACGUCCCUGGCCCGCCCAACCAGCGUCUUGAGCGCGACCUCUUCGGCGUGCCCAACGACCCCUCCAAGCAGCACACCGGUAUCAACUUCGAGAAGUACGAUGACAUCCCCGUUGAGGCCUCUGGUCAGGGUGUUCCCGAACCCGUCACACGUUUCACAAACCCGCCUCUCGACGACCACCUGCUAAGCAACAUCGAGCUCUCCGGAUACAAGGUCCCCACACCAGUCCAGAAGUACUCCAUCCCUAUCGUCAUGGGUGGCCGUGAUCUCAUGGCUUGUGCCCAGACCGGUUCCGGAAAGACUGGUGGUUUCCUCUUCCCUAUUCUUGCCCAGGCUUUCAAAAACGGCCCUUCUCCUCCUCCCGCAACGGCUCAGGGUGGCUAUGGACGCCAACGCAAGGCUUACCCCACCUCGCUUGUCCUUGCUCCUACCCGUGAGUUGGUCUCUCAAAUUUUCGACGAGGCCCGCAAGUUCGCCUACCGCUCGUGGGUCCGCCCUUGUGUCGUUUACGGUGGUGCCGACAUUGGUUCCCAGCUUCGCCAGAUCGAGCGCGGCUGUGAUCUUCUCGUCGCUACUCCUGGUCGUCUGGUCGACUUGAUCGAGCGCGGCCGUAUCUCCCUCGCUAGCAUCAAGUACCUGGUUCUUGACGAGGCUGACCGCAUGUUGGACAUGGGUUUCGAGCCUCAAAUUCGCCGCAUUGUUGAGGGCGAGGACAUGCCUCCUACCGCUGCCCGCCAGACACUCAUGUUCUCGGCCACUUUCCCCCGCGACAUUCAGAUGCUUGCCCGCGACUUCUUGAAGGACUACAUCUUCCUUUCGGUCGGUCGUGUCGGUUCUACUUCUGAGAACAUUACCCAGAAGAUUGAGUACGUCGAAGACGUUGACAAGCGUUCUGUCCUCCUGGAUAUCCUUCACACUCACGGUGCUGGUCUUACCUUGAUCUUCGUUGAGACCAAGCGUAUGGCCGACUCCUUGUCGGACUUCCUUAUCAACCAAGGCUUCCCCGCCACCUCCAUUCACGGCGACCGUACUCAGCGCGAGCGUGAGAAGGCUCUGGAGAUGUUCCGAAACGGACGUUGCCCCAUCCUUGUCGCUACUGCUGUAGCUGCCCGAGGUAUGUUCAUUCUCUGUUAUCUUCGUUCUUUCUUCACUUUUUUGAUUCCUUCCUUUCCCAUGUGGCAAGUACCAUUAUGGUUUGUACCUGCCUUCUUGCACCUGCCGUGA